CCAAUUUAUUCAGAAUGCAGCUUCCAAAGUCCAUUUCCACCUUGCUUUUCUUCAUAAUCUGCCCUUCCAUUUUUUAUGGGAAUAUUGUUAUAGAAGCACAUAAUGCAACAUUCUAUGUGCACAAUAAAUGUCCUUUUCCAAUAUGGCCAGCAACUGCACCAAACAAUGGCCAACCAAUAAUAGCAGAUGGUGGAUUCUACCUUGCUCCAAACCAAACCCAAAAGAUCAUAGCACCAUUGACAUGGAACGGUAGAAUUUGGGCUAGAACUGGUUGCAACUUCAAUUCGAAUUGGAAACCAGCAUGCCAAACCGGAGAUUGCGACGGAAGACUAGCCUGCAAGGGGCUCAUAGGCACGCCCCCUGCAACACUAGUCGAGUUCUCGCUCCAGGGCGAGAAAAAGGCUAGUUUCUAUGACGUUAGCCUCGUUGAUGGCUAUAACAUACCGGUUUCCGUGAUGGCAAAGAAUAAGGAUCCUAAAUGUUCAAUUCUAGGAUGCUUAAAAGAGUUAAAAAAUUAUUGCCCCCAUGAGCUUGAGGUUUUGAACACUAGAGGAGAAGUUGUGGCUUGUAAAAGUGCUUGUUUGGCUUUUGAUGUUGACAAUUUCUGUUGUAGGAAUGAAUAUGGUAGUCCAGAGAAGUGCAAGCCUAAUGUGUACUCAAACAUUUUUAAGGAGGCUUGUCCAUAUUAUUUUAGUUAUGCUUUUGAUACACCUACUCCUUUGGCGAAUUGUUUUUCUAAAGAGUACGUGUUAACGUUUUGUCCUUAUGGGUUGGGUGAUGGUGAUAAUAACGGUGAUGGUAAUGGUGGUAAGUACCAAUCUGAGUAGAAUUUUGAUAUGAAUUUAAGAAUUAAUUUGUUAACGUAUUUGUCUUGGUUAUGUG